AUAAACGGUCUCUCAGAGGAAGGAAGACAGACGUGCCAGCGUAUGCGUGCGGUUGUAUCGCAAUUCAGGGCUUUUAUAUUGCCUCAAAACGGGUUUGUAAUUCACAGUUGAAACGUUUUAGACCUCUGCCGCGUGAGUGCUUGUCAAUCUCCGUUAAAACACGCCCGGGAAGUUUUAACCCAUUUACUGAUGGACUGACAGACGGAUUCUCCUCAGACGACGCAAUCUGUAUAAUUCACAUUUUACCUCAUUCUCUCAAGUUUAAGCCUGUGUUUUCCCUCAGGAGGACCUUACGUGGACAAUUAAGACAUGCAGAGCUGUGAGCAGCGUUGACCGGCGGCGUCUGGACAAACAUGGAGCCUUGUGCCGAGUCUCAGGUAGAUCCUGAGAGAGCUCAGCAUCAUGCAGAGAGCAGAGAAAACCCUGUCACCCCAGCUGCCUUAAUGCCUGGUGAUGAUGCGGCGCUUCUGACCCCGGGAAGGAUGAGUCAGCGUGGGAAGGAGGCGGGGCUGCACACGCCCAAUAAAGACCUGCUCACAAGCCCCUCCCUCAGCCCGGGUGUCAGCUACAGCCACGGUUUUGAUCGUGGCAAAGAGGAAAUCCUGCCUCUGAAAGAAGACUCCUCACACUCCAUAUCCAAGAGCAAGUCGGAAACCAAGCUCUAUAAUGGCUCAGACAAGGACGUAUCGGCGUCUGGAAACAAACUUACUAAGAAGGAGUCACUCAAGGUUCAAAAGAAGAACUACAGGGAAGAGAAGAAACGUGCCACUAAAGAGCUGCUCAGCACCAUCACCGAUCCGUCUGUCAUCGUCAUGGCCGACUGGCUCAAGAUCCGUGGCACGCUCAAGAGCUGGACCAAGCUGUGGUGUGUGCUGAAGCCAGGCGUCCUGCUCAUCUAUAAGACCAAUAAGAACGGUCAGUGGGUCGGGACCGUCCUGCUCAACGCCUGCGAGCUCAUCGAGAGACCCUCCAAGAAGGACGGCUUCUGCUUCAAGCUCUUCCACCCGCUCGAACAGUCCAUCUGGGCCGUCAAGGGUCCUAAAGGAGAAGCCGUGGGCUCCAUCACACAGCCAUUACCCAGCAGCCACCUGAUCUUCAGAGCGGCUUCAGAAUCAGACGGCCGCUGUUGGAUGGACGCUCUUGAGCUGGCUCUGAAAUGCUCGAGUUUGCUGAAGCGAACGAUGAUCCGAGAGGGUAAAGAGGAGACGCCGCAGACCGCAGAGCACUCGCACAUCAACUUCUACAGUCUGCUGAGGGCGCACAACAUGCAGGGCUUUCAGUUUAACGACAGUGACCAGUUUAAGGAUCCGGACCUGUACUCGGAUAAGUCGGACCGUGAGAACGAGCAGGAGCAGGAGGAAUGGGAAAACGAGGUGAUGGAGAAAAGCGAGGAGAGCGACAGCGACACGUCGGAGCGACAGGAAGACUCCUACAUCGACCUGGAUCCCAACGAGACGCUGCGGGAAACCACAUACAUCGAGCAGAGCCACGAGGAGCUGGGAGAGGCUGGUGAAGCGGCUCAGACUGAGACUGUAUCAGAGGAAAAUAAAUCUCUGAUCUGGACUCUACUGAAGCAGGUUCGGCCCGGCAUGGACCUGUCUAAAGUCGUGCUGCCCACCUUCAUCCUGGAGCCACGAUCCUUCCUGGACAAACUGUCCGAUUACUACUAUCACGCCGACUUCCUGUCUGAAGCGGCGGUGGAGGAAAACGCUUAUAACCGUAUGAAGAAAGUGGUCAAAUGGUACAUUUCUGGAUUCUACAAGAAGCCAAAGGGUUUGAAGAAACCAUACAACCCCAUUAUUGGAGAAACAUUUCGCUGUUUAUGGAUCCACUCCAAGACCAACAGCAAAACCUUCUACAUCGCAGAACAGGUAUCCCAUCAUCCUCCGGUUUCAGCCUUUUACGUCAGUAACAGGAAGGAUGGCUUUUGUCUGAGCGGCAGCAUCCUGGCCAAGUCCAAGUUUUACGGAAACUCUCUGUCCGCCAUCUUGGAUGGUGAAGCCAGGCUGUCGUUUCUGAACAGAGGCGAGGAUUACGUGAUGAACAUGCCCUACGCGCACUGUAAAGGGAUCCUGUACGGGACUAUGACUCUGGAGUUGGGCGGUCAGGUGUGCAUCGCCUGUGAGAAGACGGGCUACAGCGCUCAACUGGAGUUCAAACUCAAGCCGUUCCUCGGCAGCAGUGAUAGUGUGAAUCAGAUCAACGGGAAGAUCAAGCUCGGGAAGGAGGUGCUGGCGACACUCGAGGGGCAUUGGGACAGUGAAGUCUUCAUCAAUGAUAAGAAGACGGGUGAGAUGGAGACGUUCUGGGACCCGACGCCGGAGCUGAGGCAGAACAGACUGAUCCGCUGCAUCGUCCCUCCUGAAGAACAGGGCGAGUUCGAGUCCGAGAGGCUGUGGCAACACGUGACGCGGGCCAUCAAUAACAAGGACCAGACGGAGGCGACCAAUGAGAAGUUCAUCCUGGAGGAGGCUCAGAGGAAGGCGGCACGCGAACGCAAGGCCAAGUGCGAGGAGUGGACGCCCGCUCUGUUCGAGCAGGAACUGGCCACCGGAGAGUGGCAUUACCGCUACGCCGACACUCGUCCGUGGGAUCCGCUCAACGAUCUGAUUCAGUUCGAGAAAGACGGCUGUAUUCAGACCAAAGUGCGCCACAGGACGCCUAUGGUACGUUCAGCCAGUGUAGUUAGUCUCAGUACCCAGCAGGGCUCCCGGAGGGACAAUUACCUGAGCCAGGUGACGGGACCAAAGCGGAAACAUAAGAGCGACAAACCUAAAAGUCCAGAAAGUGGCUGUUCGUCUCCAGAGCCGGACCACCAGGACUCUUCAGGCAGCGAGAGGCACAAGAGCAAACACAACAGCCGCCUCCGGAAGAAAGGAACAGAUCUGAGUGAAAUCCAAAGUGCCAUUGAGUCGAUCAGACAAACCCAGGAAGAUAUAAACAGGAGCGUCAACGCGUUGAGGAGUCGAGUGGCGAGUCAGACGUCGACGGAAAGUUCGUUCCUCACGCAUAGAGACGUGGCCAUCAUCCUCUUCCUCAUCUUCCUCCAGGUCCUUCUCAACUUCAUCUUUAAAUAACGGUCCAGGAAGACCCAGAAACCUCACUCCAUCCCUUCAGCACUCCAUCCUUCAAUCAGUAUCGCCUCACGACACAUUCGGUUAUAGCACGUAUCGGGCUGAAGUGCAUUGUGGGAUGUUUUAGAAAUGACUGUUUACUUUUAUUCUUCAAAACGGGAAAAUCUCAUCAGCCUCUUAACCAUAUCAAUCAUUGUUUUAAUUUAUUUUGUUAAUAUUUUUAGCCUCCAUCGGCGCCCCCUGCUGUAGUGGAGGACGUCAGUUGAUAUACAAACUAAAUGUUAUUCAAUCUAGGUCAUUUUUUCCCCCCUAACAUUAGGAAAAAUAUAUUUUGCUUAACAAAAUACUUUUCUACAUAUUUGGUUUCUAGUAGUUUCAUUUUUUUAUGAAUUUGUGUUUCAAUCGCUGCGAAAAAACAGCUGAUAUUGGGCUGAAGUGCAUUGUGGGAUGUUUUAGAAAUGAUUGUUUACUUUUAUUCAUCAAAACAGGGAAAUCUCAUCAGCCUCUUAACCAUAUAAAUCAUUGUUUUAAUUUAUUUUGUUAAUAUUUUUAGCCUCCAUCGGCGCCCCCUGCUGUAGUGGAGGACGUCAGUUGAUAUACAAACUAAAUGGGUGAAUAUUACAAAAUGUAGGUAAUUUUUUUUCCCCCUAAAAUUAGGAAAAAGACAAUAUUUGCUUAACAGAAACCCUAUUCUGUACAUUCGGUUUUGUUUUGUUUUUUAUGAAUUUGUGUUGCAGUUGCUGCAAAAAAAAACGGCCAGUAUCGGGCUGAAGUGCAUUGUGGGAUGUUUUAGAAAUGAUUGUUUACUUUUAUUCUUCACAACAAGGAAAUCUCAUCAUCCUCUUAACCAUACAAAGCAUUGUUUUAAAUUAUUUUAUUAAUAUUUUAAUCCUGUCGGUGCCGAUAGCCCCGUUGGCAGUGAGUCGACAUGCAGCGCCGUUGCACUUCGGGCGUCCCGUGUCGAGUCCCAGCUCGUGGACCUUUCCCGAUCCCGUCCCCCCUCUCUCUCCCACUUCAUUUCCUGUCUCACGACUGUCCUAUCAAUAAAAGGCAAAAACGCCAAAAAUAAAUAAAGAAAAUAAAAUAUUUUUAGCCUCCAUCGUUGAUAUACAAACUAAAUGGGUGAAUAUUACAAAAUGUAGGUAAUUUUUUUUCCCCCUAAAAUUAGGAAAAAGACAAUAUUUGCUUAACAAAAACCCUAUUCUGUACAUUCAGUUUUGUUUUGGUUUUUAUUAAUUUGUGUUGCGGUUACUGCAAAAGAACGGGAAGUAUCAGGCUGAAGUGCAUUGUGGGAUGUUUUAGAAAUGACUGUUUACUUUUAUUCUUCAAAACAAGGAAAUCUCAUAAGCCUCUUAACCAUAUAAAUCAUUGUUUUAAUUUAUUUGAUUAAUAUUUUUACCCUCUAUCAGCGCCCCCUGCUGUAGCGGAGGAUGACAGUUGAUAUACAAAGUAAAUAUUAUCAAAACUAUGUCAUUUCCCCCCCCUAAAAUUAGGAAAAAUAUGCAUUUUGCUUAACAAAAACCCUUUUAUACACGUUCGAUUUCAUUUCAUUUUUAAUGAAUUUGUGUUAAGAUUGCUGCGAAAGGAUGGCCAAUAGUGGGAUGAAGUGCAUUUUGGGAUGUUUUAGAAAUGACCGGUUACUUUUAUUCUUCAAAACGGGGAAAUUUCAUCAGCCUCUUAACCAUUUACACCAUUGUUUUCAUUCAUUUUAAUUAUAUUUUUAUCCUCCAUCAGCGCCCCCUGCUGUAGCGGAGGACAUCAGUUGAUAUACAAACUAAAUGGGUGAAUAUUAUAAACUGUAGGUCAUUUUUUUUCCCCUAUGAUUAGGAAAAAGAAAAGAUUUGCUUAACAAAAACCCUAUUCUGUACAUUCGGUUUCGUUUUGGUUUUUAUGAAUUUGUGUUGCGAUUGCUGCAAAAGAAGGGCCAAUAUCGGGCUGAAGUGCAUUGUGGGAUGUUUUAGAAAUGGCUGUUUACUUUAUUCUUCAAAACAAGGAAAUCUCAUAAGCCUCUUAACCAAUUAGACUAUUGUUUUAAUUUAUUUCAAUACUUUUUUUUAAUCCUCCAUCAGCGCCCCCUGCUGACGUCAGUCGAUGUAUAAAAUAAACUAAAUGGGUGAAUAUUAUAAAAUCUAGAUCAUGUUCCCCUCCUAAAAUUAGGAAAAAUAUAUAUUUUGUUUAACAAAAACCUCUAUUGUACACAUUUUAUGAACAUCGUGAUUGCUCCAAAAGACCAGUUUCGGGCUGAAGUGCAUUGUGGGAUGUUUUAGAAAUGACUGUUUACUUUUAAUCUUCAAAACGAAGAAAUUGCAUCAGCCUCUUAACCAUAUCAGUCAUCGCUUUGAUUUAUUUUAUUACUUUUUUACCCUCGUGUAGCGCCCCCUGCUGUAGCGGAGGACGUCAGUCAACAAAAUAUGAUCAAAUCUAGGUCAUUUUUAAAAUUAUUUUUCUUAACCAAAACCCUAUUCUGCAUAUUUUCCAUUGUGAGAUAAUUUUCAUGACAAGUACAUUUCACCCCAGGUUCUCAUGACUAAAAAAUAGUCAUCCAAAAAAUAUGAAGAAUUUUUAUUAAUAUUUGUACCUAUUAGUAUUCCUUGUACUGCCUCAUUUACAAGACGUUAUAGUAACGAGAAUUUGGAAAUGUUAUUUAAAAAAUAGUCCUAAAACUAAAAUAUUUGUCAUUUUUCAGGGACUGAAAUACCACUUUUUUUUUUUUUUUUUUUUAGAAAGAUUCACUCAUAUAAAACUUAAAAGGUUCAAUAUUUCUAAUGUUACCUGUGUUUUAUGACUUUUUAUUAAACGAAUGAAGGAUGUUGUGAGUCGAGGGCAAAUUCUGUAUUAUUUAAAAGCGUUCCGGGAACAAUUUCACUAUAAUUAUCUUAAUUUUAACAGAACAGUUUGUGGAUCCUGCAUUUCAUACGUUCCUAAAUCGUGUUCGAAGGUAAUAAUGUUUAAUUUAUUUGAACGAUGCGGAAGCGUGUACAGUAUAGCGAGCGUCGCAUUUAAUAUUACUCUGAGGAACGCGUAGAUCUAGGCGUAGUAAACCUGUAGCAGGAAAUACUGUUGCGUACUUUUGUAGUUGCUUGACUCUCGUCUGCCACUGUUACAUCAGACUAGAUGUACGAUUAACAAGCCAAAUCGUCUGAGAGUAGAUUAGGAUGUAAAUGUCACUUGUGUAUAUAGUAAAGAACCGAUUUCCUUUUGUACUGUAGAGAAAUGUGUGUUAGCCAGACGCCGUCACCUAUAGCCCACGUGUCUUUGUUCUGCGGGCGUUCGCUCGCACAGCGUCCGAUCAGAUGUCUGAAUGUGCUCACGUCGACAAUAACUACUAAAAAAAACCACGUGCCUUUACAAGCGGGUCUUGCAGCCGGAGUUUGAGCCUGACUGUUGAAUUCCUACCACGGUUUGUCUUUCUUUCUCACUUCGAGUGAAUGUGCCAUAUUCGGACGGUUGCGGCUCGGCGUUUUCGAUUCUGCCAUAGAUCUGCGUGUGUCUUUAGCCACGCGUCUGCCACCGAACCAGGGAUCAAACUCCACGUGCGUCACGUUCAGUGUUCGUCUUCAUGCUUCUAGAGCGUUUUCUGUUCUUUUGUUGCCCCAGGCUCUUUUUCAAAUGUUUUUACUCCAGCUGAUCCGUGUUGGUUUUGUUUUUGUUCUGGAUUAUUUCCUGCAGUUGUGUCUAUGUACAGAUGAUGCUUUAUUUGUAAUACAGAAAUAACUUCCUGUAAGUUUAUUGUCACCUGUGACAUAUCACCAAAUAAAUGAAAAACACAGAA